UGGCUGCAGCAGCUAAAGUUUCCUGAAGGAAAACACGUGAGUUCUCGUGCGUUUUGUAGUUUUUAAAGCUCGGGACGUUGUUUUUACGAGACCGAAGAAGUCACCGCGUGUUUUACGUUCAACUCAGAUCAGGUUGUUACUGUUUGUACACGCUUGGAUCAACCGGAAGCAGCAGAGGAAGAAGGAGAGAGGAAGCGGUGCCCAGGUGAAGCGGAAGUUCACCUGAUGAAUGCUAAGCUAGCGACGCGACGUCACAGUCGAGCUCGCGUCGCUCUCCGGUCUGAACGUGAGAUUCUCUGUGGAUAAACAGCACGAGACCCACACACGGGAACUCGCGGAUGUGUCCAGAUUUUAAUGAAUGUAACCUGAAGCCUGCCCCCAAAAUAAGGGCAUCAGACACCUGAGACCCCCCAUUAUCCCUGGAGGAGGUUGAAGCUCACGUCUUUAUUCUGCAGUGACAGGAUGUUCAAGAAAACCUCCUGGAGGAACACGGUCAGUGACGCAGUGAGUUCCCAUCAGGACCAAGCGCUCAACACAACCAUCUUCCUCCUGAAGUCCUUCGGCCCCACAGGGUUUCUGCUCCGAGAGGAGGGAGACGCCCGACCCUACAAGGUCUGCUUGGGAGACCCACACACGUGCACGUGCGCUGUGUUCACCAAGGAGCAGGAGCCGUGCAAACACAUCUGCUGGGUUUUGUUGCGGAAAUUCAGAAUACCCAGAGAACAUGAAUACUCAUUUCAACACGGACUUGUUGAGAGACAGAUCUCGGAGGUGCUCCACGGUUUACACCAACCCAAAGCCCACCGGAUGGAAAACGAUCCCACCGCCGCUCCCGGGACCUCGAGCCGAGCCGUCCCGGGCCCGGAGCCUGGAAGUGUCUGCCGGAAGCCGAUGGAAGCCCAGGAUGUGUGUCCCAUCUGUCAGGAGGAGCUGCUGGAGAGAAAACUGCCGGUGUCUUACUGCAGGUUCGGUUGUGGCAACAACGUCCACAUCUCGUGCAUGAAGGUGUGGGCAGAUCACCAGAGGCUGAGAGGCCACGAGGAGACGGUGAAGUGUCCUCUGUGCAGGGAGGACUUCAGCUCGGUGAAGUUUCUCCAGGAGCAGGUGAAAAACGCAGCGAAGCUCUUCACGGCUGCAGAGAGAGAGAAGCCGCACAGACACCUGGGAGUUUUCUGUCACGUCUGCCAGAUCUGCCCGAUCACUGGCAAAUGUUUCAAAUGCACAGUCUGCAGUUUCCUGUACCUGUGUGAGGACUGUUCAAAGAGAGGCUGCCACCCACAGCAUCCGUUAGCUUCACGAACAAAAAGAAGAGAUGAGUGGCAUCUUGUGGACCAGAGAGAUGAACCAAAGGGAGACGCCUCUCAGUCAACAAAUGACAGCAUCCUGCAUGUGGCUUCAGACCAUGUUCCAGAAAAUGUGUUGGGAUGUCUUCCGACUGUCCAGGUGAGAUCCGGGUCUCGGUUCUUGGACGAGGGGCAGCAGUGUCGGAUCUGUCUGCAGAGUUUUACCCUGGGCCAGCGCGUCCGAACUCUGCCCUGUCAUCACAAGUUCCACGCGGACUGUGUGGACGAGAUCCUGCGGAAGUCGAACUCCUGUCCUUUGGAUGGAUUUGUCAUUUAUAACCCUUUGACCUGGAGAGCCAGUGAAAAGAAGAGCUCCCAGAAGUCCUCCUGCUCUUCCAGUGGCUUUACCAAACCAGAAGAUGAUUUAAAGGACCUGUUUGUCCCCGGAGUGGCGCUGCUGCACAGGAACGCUUCAUCUGCUCCUUCACGUGAUCCCUCAGAAACUAUCGACCUCCCACACAAGCUAAGUGACCAGUUUGUUGACUCGUCUGUUCAGAAAGGAAAAGGAGUUUUUGCUUCUCAAGACAAGACAGAGAAACUUAAGUCAGAGAAACUUAAGUCAGAGAAACUUAAGACAGAGAAACUUAAGUCAGAGCUAAAGAUGACCGGGGUCUUAAUGAGCUCAUAUCACAGGAAGACAGACAUUUAAAUUUAGCUUCAUAGAUUGUUUCUAAAAACAAAAGCUCCUGAACAACAGUUGGUAUCAAGUAGUUUUAUUAAUUAUAGUGCACAAAAAGACUAAUAACACUACCAUUACUAAACACAAGAGGGGGGAAGAAAGAAACUAAUGUUGAAAGGCUCGACACACGAGGAGCUCACUGGAGAACAGAUCAACACAAACACGUUCAGCGAGGUCACUGUGAAAUGGGAGUGGCAGUCGGGUGGUCGAAACAAAGUGUUCACAAACUGCUCGUGUCCUCGCUGGAGACAAACUGGGAGGAGUCACUGGUGAAGUGUUCGUGUACUGAAAUGAUUUAAGUGCUCGACUUGUUGCUACAGUUAAAAAAUACAAAGCUCAGGGUUGUUUUGUUUUUUUUACACUCCCAUAAAAAGACACUCGGCCUUCAGGCUAAGAUUCAAAUAAAUAAUCCACGUUGAUAACACAAGAAAAGAGAAACACACGUCAGACCGUCGCCGUUUGAUGGAGGAAAAAACGCACAAAUCAAAUCACAGUCACAUGAUACAUAAGAUGUUUGUUUUACUAUUUACAUAGAAAAAAAACACAUGAAACGUGGCUACAGAAUCGAGGCGUAUACAUAGAAAAUGAACUCAGCAUUGAAAAAGUUUUACAGUCGCACCAUGAAGGAAGACUAAAUAUGGCAAAAUUGUUGCUGCACUUUAUUUUUAAUUCAUGAUAAAUAUUGCUAGUGGAACCUUUUUUUCUCGUAUUCAUAUUUUUAUCCUAAACUUUAUUACAAAUGGGCGAUGACAUCACUUUUAUUUGUUGUAAUUGUAAUAUUUACACUGUGAAGAUUUGUUUUCUUUUAAGUUUCUGGGAUUGUUGUGUGUUACAAGUGGGUUCAGGUUAAAAAAAGUUAUUAAAAAUGUAUUAAAACCAAGCAAGUAGUGAAUAAGUAAUAGUGAACAACAAUGAAAUAUUGACCUGAUGGUGGCGCUACAUGGAAAGUAAAGGAUCAUCAAAAAAAAGGAAGUUUAAUAAUCUGAAUUUUAGGCCUUAAAAAGUCCAGAUACGUCUCAAUAUGUCUUAAUUAUGUUAACGUUCAUUUAACGCUUCUUCCAUCGCACUUUAAAAUGACUCGUGUUGGAGACAUGCAGGUUUUGUAAUGUCUCUGUGUUGUAGUUCUUUUUUAACGAUAAAUUUUACGUAUUGAAAUCUGUAGAAACCCUAAGAAAAGAUUAAUUUAUAGGACAAGUAUAUGUGAACUAACUUUCGUGGUGAUUUUGCAGAGACGAGCAGCUAAAAUCUGAUGACAAUCCAUUUAAUAGUUGUAAUUACAUGUUCAGUGUCACUAUUUUUAAACCUUCAUUUUAAAAAAUACAUUAAAAACCA